AUGGACAACAACCAUGGACCCUCCAAGUCACGAGGUCGUCACUCCACCAGAAGCAAGUUCGUGGGCGUGAGACAGAGGCCCUCGGGCAAAUGGGUCGCAGAGAUCAAGAACACAAGUCAAAAGAUCAGGAUGUGGUUGGGGACAUUUGACACGGCUGAAGAGGCCGCUCGAGCCUAUGAUGAGGCGGCCUGCCUCCUUCGCGGCUCAAAUGCGAGGACCAACUUCUUCAACAGCAUUCCCUGCAACCCCGCGCUCUCUUUGAAAAUAAGAAACCUUUUCAACCAGAAGAAAGGCCUAACCAACAAUCAAAAAACCCACACCGUUUCUUCUAGUAUUUCCCAAACUAGUAGUACAAUUCCUACUCGUAGUGACGACAACAUUAGUGUCUUGAAUCCAGCGUACUGCGAGGAUGCUAACAAGCCACGUCCGAGCUGCUUCGUGGGAGGAAAUGAAGCGCCUCGUUGCAGCUACUUGGAUCAAGCUUCUGCAUAUGUGAUGGAGCAUCAUCAACAAGAAGGUUUCUAUUUCCAAAAGGGAGAGAAUGAGGGACAGUUUUCGGAUUUCGAACUGAUGAAUGAGUGCAAUGAUCCUUCCUGGGAUGUUCCUAGUCUAUGCCAAAUAUUCUGUUAA